AUGGAAGAUUAUCCAAGACCUUAUUGUAUGGGAAGUCAUGGUGAUGAAGCUCACGUGGAUCUUUUCUUUUGGGUUGCUUUUCUUAGCACGAUCAUCAGUGAUAUCGAGCUUCACUUGGGUUUUGCUGAGAGUGUUUCUAAGCGACUUUGGAAGGUUUGGUUAGAUGAGAUACAUUGGGAUGUGGAGCACAAGCGCUAUGCUGAUCGUGUCGGAUGUCCAAACGAGUCUUUUUCACCAUAUGUGGGGUAUGCAAAUCUCUACCCCUUUCUUCUGGAACUUCUUGACGACAAGGAGAGGGCGAUGGCAGUUCUCGAGCUUGGCAAUACGCAACUCAUGACACCGUACGGGAUGAUGUCCGUUUCAUAUGAUUCUGUGGGUGCAGCACGUAUGGCGGGUCUGCGUCAUGAGAAUCUGUGGAUGGGUCACAUAUGGGUUUCGACUAACGCCCUCAUGCUACGUGCGCUGAGAAGGAAGUACAUUACCCUUCUCGGCAAACCUGCAGAAGAUCUGUUUAAGCAGCUACGGGCAUCUAUAGUUGUGACAGCUGGCGGAUCCCAAACAACACAAGAGGUUUACAAUCCAGUAACGGGUGUACCCGAAAGUACAGUGUCGCUAGUGGGUCACCGAGCUCUAAUGCUUGCUCUUCUUGAAGACUACAACUGA